AAACUGUACUGCACGUAACCGAUUCGAAGGAGACGAGAGAGAGAGAGCUGAGUGACUUCUUUUUCUCGUUCUUCUCUGUCUCUCUCUCUUGUUCGCUGAAACCCUAGUUCUCGGGAAUUUCAAUCUUCUUCGCCUGCAACAACAAUUAUGGAAGGGAAAAGUAAUCAGCACAUCAUAUCCUAUGAUUGUGGAAAGAAUGCCAGUAUCUUCUCGGGAGAUAAUCGGAAUCAUCAUCACCAAGCAGAGAGCGGUUUGUCUCUCUCUCAGUGGCUUCAUCCAUCUCGUUUUCCACGUAGUUACCUUGCUUUGCUGAAUGAAGAUUCAAAAUCUCCUGAAAAUGCCUCUGUCACUGAUGUCCUGGAGACUCGAGAUUCGCCUACUGGCAGCACAUAUGUUGCUCGAAGAGUCCAAAUAAUACAAACAGACAUGGCGGCGAAUUUCAAUAUCCGCUCUGAAGAGGCAUCAGGCAGUACUUUCCCGAACAGAGUUGCUUGUAAUGUGAAACCCUCUGUUCGUGUGCAAAGUGAUGUCAAAUUCAACCAUGAAACUUCUGAAAGCUAUGGGAAGGAGCAGGCAGAGAACCGAUACUUAGACAGGUUUGGACAUCCCAGGUCUCAAAACCAUGCGGAGAAGUUGGGGUUUCAAAGAAACUGUCGACGCACCACCAGCCGUAAUUCUUCUCGGCUAUGCCACAAUUUGAGAGGUAUACGCCCCACUGCGAGCAGGCUGAAAUCUUACUCCACCGAGCGUGAACGUAAGCAGCGGAUUGAGGAUAACAUAAAGGCAUUGCAGGAGUUGCUUCCUAAUCCUGUAGAGGGUACACCUGAAUCUAUACUGAACGAUGUGGUGGCCCAUGUCAAGCUUCUUCAGUUACAGAUAAAGGAGCUAAGUCGAAGCAGGCUGGGGGGAGAACCCACUUCUCAUCCUUUCAUCUCCAUCGAGGGAUAUGGUCACUAUAUACACCACGAACAGAUGAUGAACAAGCCCUUGGAGGAGAUAAUGGCAGAGCUCAUAGGGGACGAUCCGGAUGCUGCUACUUGCUUGUUGGAGAGCAAAGGCCUCUACUUGGUGCCCUUGGCCUUUGUCCCAGGCUUCUGCCCUGUCCCCUGAAUUUGUUUUCCCCUUCUACAACUU